UGCAGUCAAACAGUGAAUACAUUGGAUGUGUUUUGUGUGAAAAAUAAAGUUGGGAUCAAAUAAAUAAUUAAUUCAUUGAUAAUAACAAAAAAGACAUCCGUUUUGUUUGGGGACACAACCAGUGAACUAACAAGAAGUGGUGCCAAACAGCAAACCAAGUGAUGACUUCAUCACUAAAUCAAUUGAAGUUUUGGAACAAGAAGUCGUUGACGAUCACCGAAUCUGAUCCCACAUAUAAAGUGGUUUAUUUAGGUAAUGUGUUGACCCCGUGGGCCAAAGGUCAUCAAUCAGUGGAUAAGCCAUUGGACACAUUGUGGAACAACUACUGUACAAAUGUUAAACAAGAUAUACAAAUGAAGCUAACGGUAUGCAACUCUGGCCUUAAAGCCAUCACCAAAGAGCACGGACUCACACAAUACUGGGCCAACCGAGUGACCUAUUGUUGUGUUCAUCAAAACUAUCCGAAACUGUUUUGUUGGAUCUACAGACACGACGGACGUAAAGGCAAACCAGAGCUCAGGUGUCACGCAGUCCUCUGUCAUAAAGAGGACAUCGCACAGCGAAUGUCUGAUUCACUCGAAGACAAACUAACGACAGCUUUACAAGAGUUUCGACGCGAAAAGAAAUUACGACAAAACGCCAGAUUAUCGUUGACUGAAAUACCGAUACGCAAACAAUUACUGGUCAAAGGAUUAGCCAAUUUUAGACAACCAUUGGAGCGCUCAAAGAGUGCACCAAAGUUGACAUCAAUUGUCGAAAACGGCUUCGAAGAGGAAGAAGAAGAGUGUAGUGAACGAAGCGAAAGCUUUGGCGAUGAGGAGAGUCUCAGAUCAGAAGAGGUGAUCUACGCGACAACCGGUUCGACGGGAACUACUGGUUCCAUAUGAAGACGACAGUCCAGUCAUUACUUAACUAUACUUAUGUUUUCAUAAAUUUGUAUAAUUUUUAUUGUAUAUAAAAAUUAUUUUCAUAAAAUAUAUAGUCUUAAAAACUCGAAG